AUGGUUGACAAAGCAAAGACUCCAGAUCCAUCUUCGCCAGCGACUAGCCGCGAUCGUGACAGGAGCCCCGAGCUCGGCAGCCCAUCAAAGGCCACCACAGUCUACAACAAGCAGACCGGCCGUCCCAUUCGCAGGAGUGCAGGCAAAAUCAAGAAACCUGACGGCUAUGUGAGCUUUGAAGCUGACGAUGCCGAUCUUGCUACGACAGAAGAAAGUGAGGAUGAAGAGGAUGAAGACAUGGAACCUCGCGGUCGAGCAAAUAAAAGAAAGAAGCGCAAACAUGGCCCCUCCCUUCCAUCCCCUCGUCUUGAGCCUAUCAUCUACAACCAAGAGCUUGAUGAAAUGACCGAUAUCGAGGAAGGUGUCCGCCGCGACUCGAGGAGAAAGCCUCCGCCGAUAACGUUGCAGUUCAACGUCCCACUAGGCUUUCAUGGUCCCCUCUUUGUCAAGCUCGACCGCACCUUCAUAGACAAGCAAGAUGACUUGCACGAGAUGAGGCCUGUUAAAUCAAAAAAGACCCGCCUAGCUUCUCCGGAGCCGAUGAAAACAAUCUCGGUGCGCCCCAAGGGAUUUACGGACUUGCCCCCAGAACUGCGCAAUAACAUCUAUCGCCGUCUUUUUGCACAGAAAGACCCCGAUCAGAUGCUCAAGAUCCCCCCAGUUAAGGGUAGUGGCCCUACUGGGACCCUUGCAAGGUCGUCCCAGUUCCUCCGGACAUGUAAGCUAGUCCACAACGAGGGCUGCUCGAUUCUGUACGGAGAAAACACUUUCUCCUUCCAUCGCCACUACGCAACUCGUUCUCCGUUUUGGGACACUGUCCCUAAAGAGAUUGGUUAUCAAGACGUCUUGCAUUUUCUGAAGAUGAUUGGCUCAGAGAACCUGCAGUACCUCCGCGAUAUAAAGUGGGUAUUCGACGACGCCUGCCCUCGUGAUACGCCAUACCUCACGUCCAACGAGGAGCGUCGAUAUCUCAACGACGAGUAUCUACUCAACUGCUUGCGUAUUCUCCGGGAUGCCAAGAAACUCCGCAAAAUCACUCUGUUCUUCGCUGGGCGCCGACAGCUGCAGUGCUCUGAUCACAGGUUUUUGGGCUAUCUUGAGCAGAUUAAAGCAGACGAGGUGGUGCAGUCAGCGGACAGGUGGUACUCAUAUCGUGAAAAGGUUCAUCCGCUGGCUUGGGCAGAGCUCAAGGCGACUAUGACGCGGAAGAAGAAGCUCUAUGAGAAGGAGCAGUCUUAGUGACUGAGAUGGUAUACUGCGGUGAGCGUGAGCCUAGUCUAUUGGCUCACCAUGUAUAAGUAUACUUCAGCUGUUCUAUCUUAUAUAGGACGGUAAUUCAAUACAAUAACUAUCUGAC